GUGCCCUGUCUCCUCGCUCUUCAGAGCAAAUGUGAAUGAACGGCACUGUAAUGGGGAUAUCACUAUGUACCGGGAGGCUAAUUUCUUUCUCCGGAUAGUCCACCACGACAAAGAGGACAAACAACUACGUGUCUGUGGUUAUUUAGACGAGAAGACGCGUUAAGCGAGUUGUAUUUGUUAUUAACGCGCAGUUUUGCAUUUUCUUCCAAGGUAACCGGUACACCGGUUAUCAAAAACAAGCGCAGUCGGAAGUUACCGCCAAAAAAAAAACGAAACCAGGAUAAUUGUUCAUCUGCGGCUCAUCAUCAUCUUUGUCGCUGAAUAUCGACAUUUGUCAGAGGAGUACGUCUGGAGAGGAUUUUUUCUCUCCCGCAAUCUCCUCACUUUCUCUCCUCGGCUGUCUUUGAAGACUAUCCGGUACCAUCUCACACAAAGGAGACUCCAGCAUCGCUGCAGAUCCCGAAGCAUGAGCAACAAAUGAUGCACCCUCCAGGGCAGUGCUCUCUCCCUGGCAGGGCCAUGUUCUAAGCAGGGGGUCCCCCCCCCCAGGCCCCAGUCCAUCAUGAAAGGGUACGGACCCCAGCAGCGCCCGCGUCACCUGUCCGACUCCUGCGACCCGUCCUCGGGCCUGCCGCCCGGCGAGCAGCAGCUCUACCAGCAGGCCGGCACCGCCACGCUCCCACGCAGCCCUUACCUGCUCAGCCCCGUCGCCAUGGAGCACUACGGCACGCUGGACCCCCACCAGUUCUCCCCGUCGCCCAUCCCCGUGGGUGGAGGAGGGGGGCUGCCGCCCGACUGCAUGCUGCCCCUCAGCAACCAGCUGUCCAGCAGCAGCACCUUCCCGCGCAUCCACUACAACUCGCACUACGAGCAGGGGGACUUCUCGCCCACCUCCAUGCCCGGCGGGGACAGCAUCGGCGGCAUCAGCACAGGCACCAUGGGCACCUCCGUCUCCAUGGGCAUGGGGAUGGGCAUGGGGCUCGGCGUGGGGCGCACAGCCAUGAUAACCAGCGGCUCGGCUACCAUCUCAGGUGGUGGGAAGAAUCGCCUGCCCCCCACCCUGCUGGACCAGUUUGAGAAAGGCCAGCGGGACGGCUUCAGCACGCUGCAGUUCCACCGGACGUCAGCGGUAGCAGCGGCCGCCAAGCAGCAGCGCACCGACAGCCCGGGCCGCAUCCGCUACCUGGUCCACUCCGUGCAGAAGCUCUUCGCCAAGUCCCAGUCGCUGGAGAGCUCGGGCAUGAAGGGCAGCGUGAACGGCCGCUCGGCCAACAGCUCGGGCGGCGGAGGCUCGUCGUCGGGGGAGGACGCCAAGCACCGGCGCAGCAAGAGCAAAGACCGCGGCACCAAGAGCGAGGGCGGCACCAAGCGGCGGCCGCGCUCCAACAUGUCGGGCUACUGGAGCUCAGACGACCUGGACGAGGUCAGCAACUACCGCAACCCCAUGGCCAUGAUGACCCUGGGCAGGCAGGGAGCAGGGUUGGUCCCCGGGCAGGACUCCCAGGGCAACGCCAAGUACUUCAUGCACGGCUACAACACUAUCAGCGAGCACUCACUCAAGCCCUCCAAGAGCAACAAUGACCUCAAGUACCAGGGGCUGCCCGCUCUUCCUGGCCCCGGAGGAGGGGGGGUGGGGGGAGGAGGAGGAGGGGACGGAAGCAUAGGCAGUCGAGGAGGGGGAGGAGGGUUGGUGGCCGGAGGGGACUUUGGCCGGGGUGGGCCCUGGGCGACCCUGACCCUGGGUCAGACGAGGCAGAUGUGCCAGAAGGGCUCGGCCACGCUGGACCGGUCCAUGCUCAAGUCCAAGUCAUGCCACCAGGACCUGGCAUGCCAGUACCUACAGGCACCUUCCGGAGGGGACUGGAACAGCACGCUGGGUCGCAGCAGCGGUCCGGGCGAGAUCCCGUGUCGACGCAUGCGCAGCGGCAGCUACGUGAAGGCCAUGGGCGACUUGGAGGACAGCGAGGACUCAGAGGGGAGCCCCAAACCCUCGCCCAAAACCACCGCACGCCGCCAGAGCUACCUAAGGGCUACACAGCAGUCACUCAGUGACCAGCUCCCACCACGAAACCGGCUGCUGGAUUUCUCCAUGUUACAGGGCGACCUGGAGGCGCUGUGGUCCCCACUGCAGAGCGUCACCUCUCUGCACCAGCUGGGCAGUUGUCUUCCCUCUCUCAGAGAGAUCUCUGGGAAUCGUAGUCUGGAUAACCUGGACUGUAUUGGGGGGUCAACUCCUUUCCCCCGCUGGGACGACGACGACUUCAGUCAAGGCUGCAAUACGCUGGGCCGCGGCAGCUGCAUGAGCCAGGUGCGGGAUAUGGAGCUGAGCCAGCGCUAUGGUGAGGAGUCGUGUUCAGAGUCGGUGUUUGGUGAGACCCACUCCCACUCCCACUCCCACUCCCACCCCCACCCCCACGCUCGCUCCCACUCCCGGGCAGAGGAGCCCCCGGAUCUGCCCAUGCCCACGUGCUUCCGCUCCCGUAGCCAUAGUUACCUCCGGGCUAUCCAGGCUGGCUGUUCCCAGGAUGACGACACAGCCUCAGUAGACUCCGAUUCACCUCCGCCGACUGCCACCACUGUACGGACCUACAGUACCAGCACUGUCUCUACCUGCAUAACCACCUGUAAGAAGGUGGCCCCUCCGCCCGUGCCCCCGCGCACCACCUCCAAGCCCUUCAUCUCCGUGACGGUGCAGAGCAGCACCGAGUCUGCGCAGGACGGCUACCUGGACGGUCACCUGGAGCGCAAGAGCGAGGCCAACAGCCAGUCGGGCCACAGCAACUCCUCGGACAGCUUGGACAGCACGCGGGCCAGCAGCCUCGCCAAAGGCCCGCGGCCCCAGCAGCUCCCGCUGACCGCACCGCGCGACCCGCCGGCCGCCAUCCCCACCGCCACCGUCAUCUCCCCGCCAGAGGCCCGCACCUCCGUCGCCACCUCCACCGCCGUCCCCCAGGCCCAGAAUGAGCGGGUCAAGGGCGGCCUGACCGCAGACGAGCCCCACGUUGAGCCCGUGCCCCGCAGGAAACUCUCCUCCAUCGGUAUACAGGUGGAUUGCAUCCAGGAAGUGCAAAGAGUCGAGACCCCGCCACUGGCCAGAUUUCAGUCGAUCGGAGUGCAGGUUGAGGACGGCUGGCAACUCAGCCGCUCAAGCAGCAUGGCGUCCAAACAAGAGACCGACACGGAAUCCCAGGACUCUGCCCCGACCCCUGCUCCGGCGCCCAAGCCCGGCGAGAAGAAGACCAUGGUCAACAGCAGCAGCCAGGUGGCCGACUCGCCGCCACCGCCCCCCGUCGGCCAGCAGCAGCCGCAGUCACAACUCUCCCUCGACAACGGUGACCACGACGAUGAGGCGGUCACCACCAGCGGCCCGGCGCGACAGCUGCUGACCAGCCGCUCGGCCACGCGCAGCUCCUCGUCGUCGUUCUCCGAAAGCCUGGACCCGGCGCUGGACCCGUCCUCGCUGCCGCCGCCCGAACCAUGGCUGGAGUCCGGCAGCGGUAACGGCUCGGUGGGGCCCGACCAGGGCUCCGGAGGACCGCCAGCAUGCCGGCGCGACGGCCACUGGUUCCUCAAGCUCCUGCAGGCCGAGACGGGCCGCAUGGAGGGCUGGUGCCAGCAGAUGGACCAGGAGACCAAGGAGCACCAGCUCUCUGAGGAGGUGUUGGGUAAAGUGCGCAGUGCUGUGGGGAGUGCCCAACUUCUGAUGUCAAAGAAGUUCCAGCAGUUCCGAGGACUAUGCGAACAAAACUUGAAUGUGAAUGCUAACCCCAGGCCCACGGCUCAGGAUCUAGCAGGCUUCUGGGACCUGCUGCAGCUCUCCAUAGAGGACAUCAGCCUCAAGUUUGACGAGCUCUACCACCUGAAGGCCAACGACUGGAAAGUGGACAGAGACUCACCUGAAAAACAGGAGAACCAGAAGCCGGUUCCUGCAGUGCCAAAGAAGCCCGGGAAGAGCAAGCCGGCGCUGGGCCGCGAGAAGAGCAGCGACUCGGCCGCCGACAAGCAGCGGCAGGAGGCCCGCAAGCGCCUCAUGGCUGCCAAGAGGGCGGCGUCGGUCAAGCAGAACUCCGCUACGGAGAGCGCCGACAGCAUCGAGAUCUACGUCCCCGAGGCCCAAACGCGACUCUGAGAGAGGGGGAGAGAGAGAGAGAAAUCAGGGGGGUUGUGAGGGGUGGGGGUAUAGUGUUAAGAUUAGUCACACAUUAGGGCAGGAAGGCAAAAACAAAAUUGGCAAAAGGUAGAUGGAGCAAUGAAGUGAAGGUUAAUAAGGCUUAGACGUGGGGGAGAUGAAAUGAGAGCGAGCAUCUGAUUGGAGGAGGGACCAGGAACAAGACUGAAAGAGCUCUUUGCCUCCAGUCCACAGCCACAGGGAAGAUACCAUUCUUUUAUUUUGUAUUGUGUUGUCAAGACAGUACUUGCUUGAGAGGAAAACUAAAUAAAACAACAAAAACAAAACAACCCAGAGGGAUGGGAGGUUUUAAAAAAAUUAAGAAAUCAAGACUGACGGAACAGAACUUUGGAGAACGGGAUGCAGCGGCAGUAAGCCCCCUCCAAGUGGCUACCAAGGAAAACCUCACGCAGACUUCACCAUUAGUACUCCAAUUACUAUUGUUAUUAUUAUUGUUAUUAUUGUUAAUAUAAUUAUUAUUAAAAUGGUUAUUGAUAAUAUUAUCUCCUUUAAAAAACUAUAUCAGACUGAUUUAAAUGUUCUAAUAUCUUGGAUAAGAGAUCUUCUAAUGUGUGGACUGGGACCCAGCCACAUGUUGUUUUGGCUCCCAUCCCACUGGCCCCCUCUACCCCAGCUCGCUAGUCUGCACAGAACUCCUUGUAAAGCACUGCAAAAUACUCACUCUCGGACACCAACUCUCGCUCCACACACACACACGCACACACACACACACACACUCCAACCUGAAUAACACAUGCUCGCUCAGUGGAAUACACUCUUUUUCUCAUGUCUGGCCCUCCACAAUCACUGUCUUCCUGUUCUUGUCUGUUUUCUCCCCCUCUACUACUUUCUUUUAUUCUUUGUAUGCAAUGUUUUUUUUUAUGUAUAUGCCCUGUGUGGCAUUCAGUCUGUGGUCAGAUAGAUCACCUUCUCUCAUGUGGGAUGAGAAUGGAGGAGCCGGCGUUGUGAGAAUGCAAAUGGAGUGCUGCGAGAGCUGGGCCCAGACUCUGGAGGUCCUGUGACCAUUCUAUCAUGCAAACAAAACAAGAAGAAUCACACAAAAAAAAGAAUUCAUUCUCAUCACCCCAUUUCUUUUUACCAGCACCCAGAAUUUAUUUUCUGUCUCUCCUUAAGACGGUCUCACUUCUUCUGUGGAGUUUGUAUUUUGGGCGGGAUAAGUGUAUGGUACUUCUGUUUUGCAGUAUGCCUCCAUGCCAUGUAAAGGUGUCCCCAGCAAAUAGCCACCAUUUUGUUUUUACUGUUUUGGUUUGUCCCUUUUUGGGGAGUUUGAAGUGACAGCCAUUUUGUGACUUCAGAUCACCCAGUCAUGACACCCCCGCUAUGUUAUAUUGCCAGGUGUGACCCUCCCUCAUCCACGCCCCUCCUAAGCAAGUCAUCUCUUGUCAUUCACUCCAGGUGAUUUGGGUCUCUGCCAAUCUGAAGAUGCAUCACCACCUCUUACCACUUUGUUUUUUUUUUCACUCUCAGUGUUCAACUCCAAAGCUGGUACAUUACAUACAUCAUUUAAAUGUUCAAGAAAUGUGUGAAUGCAGCAGAAUGAAAGUAUACUAUUUAGCUAGUGGAAUGAUUUAGUUUUUUGAAGCUGAUAAAAGUUUAGUUUUGAUAGAAGGUCUAAUCUGCUAACGUAGCCCCAACAGGACUGGGAAACUCUUUUAAUUUCAAAUGGUCGUGUCCAUUUUGUCAAGUUUUUGUUGUAUUCUUCUCAUAAACAAAUGUCAAGGCAACGCUUUUGGAAUGUUUUCUUGCAUCAGCCAUGAUCCUAUCAUGCGGAUGAUCCACGAACUGUACCUUCAUGUUUUUUAGAAACAUUGGUCAUUGCCUGCUUCUAGUGGUAAAUUUGUAGCACUACGCAGAUGGUAUAUUAUUUCAGGAGGACUUCUUUUCCACCUCUGAAGUUUUUGGCAUGUCCAAACACUUUUCAGCAGAUUUGAAAAACCACUACUGGGACUGGCUGAUUGUUUGAGAUGUGUCGUCCCAUUAUGGGUUGUAGCAUUCAUUACGCAUGUGCUAACACACUCUGUUCUCCCACUUGCUGCAGCCCUUUAGCCAGUCAUGCCCUGUACAUCUGAUUGAAGUGAGGCAAAGAUAUUUUGCCCUUAUUUUAAUUUAAUUUAAUUUUUUUUUGUAAUUGUGUUGUCUACCCAUUUGCCAUUGUUGCUCCUUUCCCCCAUACGCCGACCAAGCAAUCUGCACAUGUUUUUAUAUUUGAAACAAAAAGAUCAAUCAUUAAAUUCAGUUACACUACACUCA